CCAUCCAUCUAUCAUGUAUCUUCCUAUCUGGUGAAAGUUUUUCUCACUUUUCUUCCAUUCUUUCUCUUGAUUUCUCUUACUCGCUCCAAGCAAUCAGAGUCAACCCUUGUUAACCGUUUGGUGAGAUGCCUUACAUUCUGCUAUUUCCCUCACUCCUGUUUUUAACUACCUAUUUUGAUCUAUUGCAAUGCCACAAGCCCUGCGCUUGCCUUCUGCGUGUACUGUGGAUCCAUGUGGAAGGUCUAACUUGUGGCUUUCUCCCCAGACCCCGGCUGUGUGAGCGACCUUUCAAGCUGAGCAUGGAGCCCCUGAACAGCACACACCCGAGCGCUGCAGCCUCCAGCAGCCCCCUUGGUUCCCACGAGCCUAGUAACAGCCACGGCAAUGGCAACGAAUACUUCUAUAUUUUGGUCGUUAUGUCCUUCUACGGCGUUUUCUUGAUUGGAAUCAUGCUGGGCUACAUGAAAUCCAAGAGGCGGGAGAAGAAGUCCAGCCUCCUGCUGCUGUACAAAGAUGAGGAGAGGCUGUGGGGGGAAGCCAUGAAGCCGCUUCCUAUGAUAUCCGGCCUGAGGUCAGCCCAGGUACCCAUGAUGCUGAACGUGCUGCAAGAGAGUGUGGCGCCUGCACUGUCCUGCACCCUCUGCUCGAUGGAAGGGGACAGUGUGAGCUCUGAGUCUUCCUCUCCCGAUGUGCACCUCACCAUCCAGGAGGAGGGGGCUGAUGAUGAGCUGGAGGAGACGUCUGAGACACCUCUCAAUGAAAGCAGCGGAGGGUCUUCAGAAAAUAUCCAUCAGAAUUCCUAGCACCCUCGGGCCUCUGGAGGUGGCUCCAUAAGCCACGCUUGACAGAGGAAAG